UCCUCAGCUGCGGUGCUACCAACUGUUACUCGUUCAUCAUGCAUUGAGCAUCGAACGGGAUUUACGUAACGCAGGACAGACUAUUUGCGUGUACCAACUUCAACGGUCUCUACUAGUGAACGUGGCCGUUGUUGCGUGUGCCUGGACGUUUGGGGCGGAAAACUUCAUUUUCAAGUGAUUGGUGUCCCUUUCUGAGGUUUCUUAAUCAGUAGCUGAGUUCUUGACCAUCAAGAUGCCUGGAGGUUUAGUGAAAGCCAAGAAGUAUGACUGGAAGGACUCUAACCUGGCCCUGUUUGGCUCAGACACAGAGAAGAAAGUCAAGAAGGAGUCUGCUGAGACUGAGCCAGCUUGGAAGGGAGCAGGCCAGCAGGUUGGCCUCCAGAUCUGGCGCAUCAAUAAGUUCAAGGUGGAGCACUGGCCGAAGGAGGAGUAUGGCAAAUUCUUCAAUGGUGACUCCUACAUCAUCCUCAACACUUAUAAAGAAAAAGACAGCGAGGAGCUGAAUUAUGAUCUACAUUUUUGGAUUGGCUCCAAGUCAACAGCGGAUGAGUAUGGGACUGCUGCCUACAAAACAGUAGAGCUGGAUACCUUGUUGGAUGAUAAGCCUGUUCAACACCGUGAGGUUGAGAAACAUGAGUCAAGCAUGUUUAAGGGAUACUUCAAAAGCUUUACAACCAUGAAUGGUGGAGUGGACUCUGGCUUUAAAACAGUCAAACCUGAGGAGUACAAACCACGCUUGCUGAAGGUCUCAGGAGUGAGGAAAAAUGUUACCGUUACCGAGGUGCCUUACUGCCGGUCCCAGGUCACGGAAGAUGAUGUUUACAUCAUUGACAAGGGGAACAAGCUGUACCUGUACUGUGGUUCAUCAUGCAACAUGAUGGAGAAACAUAGGGGCUCGGAGGAGGUCCAGAAGAUCAAGAGCACUCGUGGUAGGGCAAGCCAUGAGGUUGUUGAAAGCCUUGGUCACAGCUGUUUCCUUGACUUUGAUGAGACUCCUGUAGAGGAAGAUGAAGCUGAUGAUGAACCUGACGGCAGUGAACCUUCAAUGUUCAAGUUGUCUGAUAACUCUGGACAGCUGGAGUUUACUUCAGUUUCAAAUGAGGGAACACUGAGCAGAAGCAACCUGUCACCCGAUGAUGUCUUUAUUCUUGACACAACAAAAGAAUGUUUUGUCUGGAUUGGUUCAGGAGCCAGUGUUGCAGAGACACAAAAUGGCAUGAGUUAUGCACAUAACUAUCUGAAUAACACGUCUCACCCACUUAUUACAGUCAGCAUCAUCAAGCAAGGCAAGGAGACUCGGGCAUUCAUGCAAGCCACUGUAGCCUAAAAAGCAGAAACCAUUUGUUGUUAGUAUUACCACAAUGGCUUUCACCUGUCACCUGGUUCAAAGCAGUGUAUGGUCCAUUCUAUAAACUUCUCAACAAAGUUGUGGUGGUUUAUACUCACUACGUGCACAGCAACAUACAUGUACCUCAAACCCCCAAACCUAUCACUCUUUAUCUAAAUAAUGGAAGUAGUGUCCAAAUAUUAGCAUGUUUUGUCAGCCUUAGGACCUAUAAUGAUAUUUUUCUGCUUGCUGAAAAGGUUCGAAUUGGUUCAGUUUUUCAUGUGUAGAAACUGUCGCUAUGAUCAUAAACUGGUAAUUUUACUUAUGUCAUUGUGUACAUGUACAUGAAGUCAUAGUUUCUCCACUGUUCUUGCACUUGACUCUUAACUCACAUUAAUUAUAGUUGAAAAUUUCUGAUUGAGAUAUGUUAAUACUCUACAUUGAAGUAAAUGUUCAAGAUACAGACAUGCCUAUUUCUUGAAAUACUUGCAAAGAUGAUAAAAAUAACUGUUUGUUAAUCUAUGAGAAUUUUUGUUAAGAUUUUUUAUCAGUAGUCAAGCCUGGAGAACAGCUUAUCUUUGAGUUUAUCUUGGACAGCCGUUAGUGAUAACUGAAAUGCUAAACACAUACCUGUAUUGUAUGCUACACAUCUCUCUGACCUGAUACAUAAAACCAUGUCUUAAUUACCUGGCUUCAGCAGACAAUAAUACAUGUGAAUUAGGAAGUUACUGUCUAGUAGCUAGAGUUACUGUACGAGUACAACUGUUCUCCAUGUGUCUUAAUCUAAGCCAUCUUCAAGCAGUUCAGACAUCAGCAGACAAUAAUAUGUAUAACCUAGGAAGCUAUUGGUUGGUAGCUUCAACCAUUUCCCAUGUGUCUUAAUCUAUUAAAGCCAUCACUAAGCAAUUCAGACAUCAGCAGACAAUAACAUGUAUGACCUAGGAAGCUAUUGGCUUGUACCCCCAUGUGCAACCAUUUCCCAUGUGUCUUUAUCUGAGCUGUAGCCAAACAGUUUAGACAUCAACAGACAAUAACAUGUAUGACUUUAAAAGCUCUUGACUAGUAGCUUCAACUAUUUCCCAUGUGUCUUAAUCUAAGCUGUAGUCAAGCAAUUCAGACACACGAUAGACUUUAUGAUUAGGGUUACCUGAUCAGAAUAGUCUGGUGCUUAGGCCGUAGUGGUUUAAUGGUCAAUGAUUCAGGGAACCUUCAAAAAGUGCUGCAGCAUGAAAACAGAAUUAUAAGCUCAAAGUAAAUGUAUGGGGCAGUAUGCGUUGCUUGUGAGAGUGAAUAUGAUGUCCCCUUCAUUCCCACCUUCUCAUUUAAGUAGCAAUUAGUGGCACCUAAUAUUAAUUCCCAGUGCUACACAUUGCUGAUAAGUCACCUUUGAGAGGGUGGCUUUAUUGUAGUUCUUGUCAAAAUUCACUUGCAGCCGUGAGCAUAAAAACCAUGGAUCAUGAUGAAGUAGUUAUGCUAUCUUGAUUACAUUUAUGCAAAAACCAGAUUAAGAAGAAUCAUAUAUAUUGACAAUGAAUUAAAUAUAUGCCUAAGGUAUUUGCAUAUGUAAAUGAAAGACUAAUGAUAUGAAUCUGAGAUUUUAUGAAAUGUUAGACUUCUGUUGAAGUUCUGAUAUACCUGUCAUAAGAGUUUCAGAUUUGCAAAUAAGUUUUUAAUUGACAGAAAUAAAAACCUGUGAAAGCUUUCAGAACAAAAUUUUGUUGCUGUAAUUGUAAUAUCAUAUCAGAUAUUCCCAUAACAAAUGAAAGUGUUUUUAUUUUUUCCCCAAAUUAAAGUUUCUUGUAAAUAAAAGAUCUUAAUUGAAUUUGCUUGAAUAUAAACACUACACCCAUAUCUUUCAAUAGUGCAAAGAACACUAAUUAUAAAUUUAGCAUAUCAACCUUUCUUUCGUAAUACUUCAUGUAGUGAGUCAUUUUAUUUAGUAGUUUUUCUUCCAGAUAUAGAAUAGUUCGGUGGCAGCUAUUAGAUGUAAUGUGUCCUUUUGUUCUGAUGUAUUAUUGAUUAUGUGAGUUUAAGAUGCUUACAUGUUCUUCCUUUUUGCAACUUUUCACUCUGCCUGUUGGAAGGUUGUCUCAUCUAAUUGCCAAUAAACAGUUGAAACCUUGCUUAAAAUGUAAAGGAAAUCAAGAAAAUGUCCAAAUGUUGGGAACAACAUCUUCUUUGCUUUUGAGCUUUGGUUAAUGAAAUGACAGUAUCUGCAGUUAUUUCUAAGGAAUGAAAUCCUGCAUUUUGUAAUGACAAGUGUCCAGUGAUUUUUUAAAUACAUGUGUAGUCCCUUCGGCUGUUACUCUUGCUGUUGUUUAUCUUUCUAGUUAGGUGGAUAGAAGAAACCAGACCAAUAAUACUGUCACAGUCUUUCAUCAUUCCAUGAAAUUUGUAUCAUUCCAUUGAUGCAUUCCCGUAGCAAAAUUGGAUUAUACAUUCAUACGUACUUUUGGAAAGAUGAUUUUAUUUUGCUAUCAUUUGAAAACGUUCUUCCUCUUAAUGUUUUCUUCUUGAGAAUUCUUUGACCAAGUCUGCUGACAUCUUUAAAUAUGGACAUUUAUCAUUUGAUAUGAACUAGUCAUAAGGUUUUAUGGAAUGGUGCUUAUUUAAGGGAAUGUUAAUUUUCAGCAGUUACAUUUAUGUGACCUAGAAGUGGAGUGUAGUAUGCAAGACCCCAGUCUUCAUUUGAUAUUCUUGUCAAGAUUUGUAGAAAUCUUCUGUGUUGUUUGCAAAACGAUGUGACAUAACAUGGUAUUAAAUUAAGGUCUGUGUGAAGUUGUAAUACUUGUUUAAAGCUGGUUUUCAUAGAUUGGCACUAAUUUCAUGUUGUCCCCUGUGGUUUUUACCUGAAAUUUAGAAGAGUUGAGAAUAUUACAGCAUCUGGGGUUGAGAUUGUGUAAUACAAUCAUUAUGGUACAGUGUAAUUCGUCUUUGCAGACCCUAUGCAAAGUUAGGAGAUUUGGAAGAUGGAGCAUAGUGAAUGAAAAAUGGUUCCUCAUCACAAAAAACACAAUGUACAUGCACAUGUAUUUUUUUCAAGAUAUAUCUGGACCUGUGAUUAUAUUCCCCUCUAAAAGUUAUCUUCUUGAUGAGUGUUUAUUAUUUUCUUCGGGAUGCCAAAGUUUCAACUUGGCACUCUUUCUAUGUUGAACCUUUUCGUGAAUGUUUGAGCAAAUUAUAGAGUACCGAAGUGUGAUGCCAUUUUGAAUGAGAAAGUGUAAUGCAACCAAAUGGAGUACACCCACUGUGCGUUGUACAAUGGAGGUAGUUAUUGCGCAUGACGUACUGUAGAACGUUAGACUUUCGGUGUCUGGUAAAUGGGCAAGCCUUUUGCGUAAGAUUUCAGUUGUCAGAGUUGUCGUUAUAAGGAGAACUUAUUUAGCAGUUUUCUGUGUUUAUCCUCAUACUUACAAAAUGCCACAGAAAGUCUACAGUUUAGUUUGCAGCUCAUCCUUGGUUGUGCGGAGACGCGAAAUUUACUUGCAAUAUAACUAUAGACAAUAUUGUAUACAUUAUCUACAAUUACUUUCAGUACAUCCUGAAUUAAACCAUUACUGUGACUCGAA